GCCCGCCUCGGCGCUGCCCGGCGCGGCUCGGCGCUGCCGCUCGUCUGAGCGCGGGGCGCUGGCCGUGGCCGCAGACCGAAAAGAAAUGAACGUCAGAGGGGAUUUGUUUAAUCAUUUAGCAGCUGACACAAGCCACGUCCCUAACAAAACAGUGGUGAAAGAGUAGAAGAUUUUUGGGAUUCUGCAGCUCGAGCACCAUGAGACUGCUCUGGGGAGCCAGGGGCAGCGCUUGCUGAAGGAUGCGGUAGCCCAGUGGCUGGGGCUCACCAAGUGGAGACCGAUGGCUUGCAUGGAGCUUCUCUACCUGGCCGAAGAAAGCAGGCAGGGUGCCCUGGGCCCCGCUGCCAGCUGGAACCUGCCCACCCCUCACUAUGAGCAGCAGCAGCAACAGCAGCAGCAUGAAACAGGAGAGGUGGACUCCGGAGCGGCAGCAGCUGUGGCAGCCCUGCGCUGUGAACGGCACUGCAAGCCCUCACAGAGAGGCUCCAUGGCUGAGCUCACCCCAGCACCCCUGUCCUCCUGCUCGGGCAGCUCACCCCAGGAGCACCCCACACCCUCCAGCAACUCCCAGCCUUGCCACCUGCCUGAGCACUUUCCAGGGGAAGGGGAUGGAGGGAAGAAGAAACCCUGCUGUUGUAUCCAGGAACUCGAGACAUCCUUCUCCUGCGUGGAUGAAAAUGUAAACCUGGAGCAUACAAGAAGUCCCUCCAGUCCAACAGGCUACCAGGAUGCUCCUCAGCAGCGCUCCUGCCGCGAGCUGCCUCCCGAGUGGGUGCACGAUUCUCCGUCCCUGGUCUCCGAGGAGGAUGAAACUGCCUCGGAGGCAGCGGCUGGGAAAUCCUUGGACUAUGGAUUCAUCAGUGCCAUUUUGUUCCUAGUCAGUGGGAUUUUGCUGGUGAUCAUUUCCUACGUGGUACCCAGAGACGUAACUGUGGAUCCCAACACGGUGGCUGCCCGGGAGAUGGAGAGACUGGAGAAUGAGAGCGCCAGGAUUGGGGCUCACCUGGACCGCUGUGUUAUUGCCGGGCUGUGUCUCCUAACCCUGGGGGGAGUGGUGCUCUCCAGCCUGCUGAUGAUGUCCAUGUGGAAAGGGGAGCUGUAUCGGAGGAGCAGGUUUGCGUCCUCCAAGGAGUCUGCAAAGCUCUACGGGUCGUUCAAUUUCAGAAUGAAGUCUGGUGCAAACGAUAAUAUGCUCGAGCUGUCAUUAGUUGAGGAAGAUGUGCUUGCCAUAGAUAAUUAGUGUGGUCAUGAUUUUUAAAGCAGCGUUUCCACAAAAAAAAAGUAUGUUUCAUUAAAGGAAAUAGAUGUGGCUAAAGAUAGCUGGUGAUGCAGUUUGUUUUUCUGACAAGAACAGUCUUUCUGUGAGCUCUCUAAUCAAAUGUUUGCAUUAUAUGAACACUUAUUGUAAAGGGAGAACAUGCCAGAGCAAAUGCAAUUGGUAUAAAAUAAUGAAAACCACAGAAUAAAAAGAGAUUUUUGACAAGUAGAUUCCUUAGAUAACUCCUUUAUCCUAACAUAAAGCGUUCCUUUGGUGUCUUGCCUACGUAAUUUUCUUAUUACUUUCAUAUAUAGAACAGGAACGACCUUGACACGUUGGAAGCUUGUUGCAGCCUACAGAAGGAUUAUUAACUGUCUGCUUGGUGUCAUGUUAAGAAACAAGGCUGAUAUUUAAUUAAAAGAGAUUUUUUUUUAAUAAUUAAAUUCUAAGCCAGUCCCUUGUUUUGUAUGAGUGAGACGUGGGCAAAAAAGACCGCUUAUUCAUGGCUUACCACAAAUCUCCCAUAUUUUCAAGCAGUGCUGCAAUUAGUGGUGGUUAUUUAAAAUAUAAAAAUAAGAGGCAAAGGGCAAAGAACCAUAUGGCUCAUGGUGGUAUUGCUGAAAGACAAAAGGCUCUUUCAGCUUGAGGUCAGUGGUUCCACUUCAGUUCAGAUUAGUAAUGAUUGAUACUCACUAACUUCUGAUAGCUAUAGUGGCCCAUAUAAAGGAAGUUCAGUUCCCAGUGGACAGAUGUCUUUGUAUGAAAACUGCCAUCACUUGAAUUAACUGACCUCCUGUUAGGAGUCUCAAAAGAUCCAAGGAGUAAAAAAGCAUGGGGAUGCAGAGACUGAACACAUCUCCUUCAGUACAGAUGCCAGAAGAAAUUCAAGUUCUGCCUCAGGGUUUGCUUAUAGUGGGCCUGUCUGCAUCACACAAAUCCUUUUGAAACUUCAGUUUCAUGUCACUAGGCUGCUGGCCUUCUCAUUACCAGAAACAAAAGGUCAGGAUGGAGCUUUAGAGGCUCAUUCAGUAUAAACCAAAUUCUUUACAAAAAAUAAGUUGUCAGGAAACACAAAGGUUAUACAUCAAGCAGUUGGACUGGCUGGCAUGGGACUGACUUAACGUAGGGGAUGAUCAAGGGUACAAGGCACUAUCAAUUGCCAUUAUGCAGCACAGUAGCCCAAAACUUCUAUUACUGAUGUGUUCAGUAUCAGCCAGUUUCUGUGGAGCAUUAAAGUUGUGGUCUUGUGAUGGUGGGAAAAACAGCAAAGGUUGCUGUAUGCGCUGCUGACCUUUUGUCGUGAUUGAUUGCUAAUAUAUAUUUGUUUUAGCCCCUGCCAUAGCUAAAUGUGAGUGAAGAGCUGUGUCUGUAAGGAACUAGCCUGCAGAACUGUGAUAGAAACACUUGGUUUGUUGCCAGCUGUGGGUUAAAUCUCAAAUAUAAGUAAUAUCUAAUAUUUGAAGAAUGAGAUUUUUUACUAUUGUGAGAUAAUACCUGAGAAGAAUCUUGGG